AUAGAUGGCAAUGGCACAGUUGGAUUAUAACAGGUUCCUUGCUGUUUCAAUGGGAUUUUUCAGAUUUUAGUGUUUCAUAGAUUUUCCAAUGUCAUAACAACUGUGGUGCAUUGUGUGGACAUUAUAUUUAAGAUGUGAUGUUAUUUUUAACUGUCCUCUAAGUUCACUGGCCAAAAUACAACUGUAAACAAAGACAAGGCAUUAAAAUGGAUUCGUUUUUGAGUUUGUUCGAUCCGGGCACGGAUUGCAACAAUCAACAUUAUGGAAUUGAUAAUAUGAACAAUAAUGAAGCUUUGCCUCCAGAACCUCAAGUUGGAAAUGUGGAAUAUAAAUUGAAAAUUGUCAACCCAACAAAACAAAGAUUUGAGCAUCUAGUAACGCAGCUAAAGUGGAGACUGCGUGAAGGUAAUGGAGAGGCAAUCUAUGAGAUAGGGGUCGAGGACAGCGGCAUAUUGGCGGGACUAUCAAAAUUCGACAUGAAGGCCAGUUUACAAAGCCUGCAGCAAAUGGCCAUGAAGUUGGGCGCCACCACCACAAUUUUACGGGAAAGAAAACUGGAUAAUGGACGUAGCGUGGCUGAGGUGUUGGUACGAAAGGUGCCCGACGAUCAAAAUAAUAUCGAGAUUCGAGUUGCCGUUUUGGGCAACGCUGACGCUGGGAAGUCCACAUUGUUGGGUGUUUUGACGCAAGGCAGGUUGGAUAAUGGUAAAGGAAGGGCUAGAUUAAAUAUGUUCAGGCACUUGCAUGAAAUUCAGAGUGGUAGAACGUCAUCAAUCUCGCAUGCUAUAUUGGGUUUUAAUUCUGAAGGCCAACCAAUUAACUACGGAUACAGUGAACUCAUUACUGAAGAAGAAAUUUGCGAUACUUCCACAAAACUUGUCACGUUUUUGGAUUUGGCCGGAUAUAAAAAGUAUAUAAGAACAACUAUUCAAGGUUUGUCAGGCUAUUCACCACAUCAUGCUAUGCUUCUGAUUUCAAGCACGGUUGGGGCCAUUGGAAUGGCACAUGAACACUUGACACUUGCCAUUGCUUUAAAAGUGCCGUUUUUUAUAGUCAUCACAAAGACAGAUUUGGCUUCUCCAACUAGUACGUUGGAGAGUUUGGAGUCGUUCUUGAAGCAAGUCGGGUGUAGGAGAGUUCCUUUAGUCAUUAAAACGUUGGACGACGUCAUUACUGCUGGUGCCAAUCAACUGACGGAAAACGUAGUACCCAUUUUUUGUGUAUCAAGUGUUAAUGGAGAAGGAUUGGAUUUGUUGUUUAAGUUUCUGUAUGUUUUGCCCCCGGGCGUGAGCGUUAAGGAACGAGAAAGAUUGGAGCAGGAAUCUCCGGAGUUCCACAUUGACGAGCACUUCAGGGCUGGUGAUUUGGGUCAAAUUCUAGGCGGCAUUUUGACAAAAGGUAUUUUAAGUGAAGGUAGUAAAAUGCAGAUUGGUCCGAUGAAGAACGGAACAUUCGAAACGGUGACGAUAAAGUCGAUCCACCGUAACAGGGUGCCAUGCAGGAUGGUUAGAGCGGGUCAGAGCGCCGCCAUUUGUCUGGAUAAGUGUAUUUCCAAUUUGAGAAAUGGUUUGGUGAUUUUGAAUCCCGAUGUGAAAGCAAAGGGAUGCUUAUAUUUUCAGGCAAAUGUCAGUGUUCUAUUUCACGCCACAGCUAUAUAUAAAGGAUUUCAAACUACAGUACACAUUGGAAAUGUGCGACAGACUGCUGUGGUUAUAGGAAUUUAUGCCAACAGCUGCAUCCACACAAACGAAAGAGGAUCUAUUUUAUUUAAAUUUAAAAACCAUCCUGAAUAUGUAAACGUUGGUCAACGUUUAUUGUUCCGCGAGGGUACAACUAAAGGAAUCGGGGAAAUAACACAAGUUUUUCCAGUCGAUGACUAAAAUUGUUUUUAUCUUUUGUCUAAAUACUGUAUGAUCGAAAAUGAUUGAUUGUGUUACUUCCAAAAUAUGUUAAUAGUAAAAGUAUUUACAUCUGUCCCAUACUGAACAAAUCUAUAUUAAACUUCACCUCCAUUAAUUAGAUUCCCACAGAGGACACUCAGAAGUGUCAUCAAUACAUCACAACAUUAAGCUAGAUGAAGAAAGGAUGUUAGAAAAAGGAGUGUGCUGUAAUACAAGGCGUCCCAGAAUAUUUCAUGGUUUAAUAUGGUUUUCUUGAAAGGUUCUUUAACACAUUGAAGACCGCAUUGCAAAAUCGUAUUUCACACACACGGACUGGCGUUUUUCUUAUUGUUAAUUACGUGUAUUAUUUUUUAAAUAUUUUUUAAUGUACAAUAAUUUGAGGUAGACAUUAUUUAAAUUGUAUUUAAAUCAUGCCCACUGGUGUACAAGCGGUCAUGUAAAACAUAUCGUGUGCCCACCUGUGAGCACGCGGGCCGGUAAUGUUGUUGCGUAGUGUGUUAAGGACGUUGGGUUUCUAAAGGAUGUUUCCAAAAAUCGGUUACUGCACUUGAUAUAAUUUAAUACAUGAUUUAUUUUCUUUUGCUGACUAGCUUUAUCAGAUUAACCCCUAUUUUUACAUUCAGUAUUUUAAAGACACAAAGCCUUUGUGUUAGAAUUUUUCAGGUGCUUCUCAUUUUGGGGAAAUUUUACCUCUGGAACAUCUUGUACAUUACUAUGGACAAUCAUUUUUGAUGAACUUCGAGUAUUUAUUAAUGUUUUACUUUUUGCCAUUGAAGUUAUUAGAGCAAUAUCUUGGACUAAUGGAAAUGUGUACCUGAGUGAAGCUUAAAAGUGACCUUACAGGCCACAAAUAAUGUUGACUUUCUCUUAAAGUUAUGACUGGUGUUGUAAGACAUCCCCUGUGGCAGUAAUAUUGCCUAGUCUUUUGUCUUCUUAGUAACCUCAUUUCCACUAAAUGUUAUAUAUUUGUGCAAUGUUUGAUUUUAAGCAUGUGUAUAUACUAUACAGGAUGUUUAGGAGUUCCACUAAACAAGCACUUGGCAAACCGUAUGUAUUCGUUACUGAGUGACUGGAAAAAAACGAUUCGUUACCUUCUCAUUAAUCAAUAUUUAUAAUAUCGAACAAAAGAACAUUGUAAAUUGUUCUUACAAAUAUUCACUCAGAAAAUUUAUUAAAAUUUUCGAUUGUAAUUAAUAUUGAACAAAUAAUUUCAAUUUAAACAAAUCCGAGCCCUUAUUGCAUACCUAUGCACUAAUGUAACGAAUCCAUAAACGAAUGUAUCAAAUACAUACAGAUACAAAUAUUGUCACUAUUAUAUUAGGCUCACAGAUAUUCUGUAUAAAAACGAAUCCGACAUACAUCCAUAGAUUGUGUAGUUAAAUAUUUUUUUUAAAAAACUAAAGUCUGUGAUUGUAUUAUAAGAUAUAUAUGUAGAUAUUUUAUCAGUAUUAACUACAUAUAAAAAAUUACGUGUUUGUGUUGAUGUACCAUAACGUAAUAAACGAAACUUACGGUACAAUUUAAUAGAUCUCUGAAAUAAAUAUUAUUCGAGUACA